AUGAGAGGUUGUCGCUCUUCAGUGUUUCAACUCCUGUUGGCGGUUGGGUCAGCCCGAGCUGUCACUCCCGAGGACUGCGCAUCGUUAGCGAGCCGUCUUAGUCUUCCCAAUACGACAAUCCAUGAGACAGCAUUCAUCACAGCAGGGACGAACAUUUCGCUCCCUGAUAACCACCCGUCGUGCGCCAUCCCCUUUCAAAUUUCCAGCGUUGAUAUCUGUCGGGUUGUCUUUGUCACUACUACCGGUCCGACAAGCAAUAUCUCCCUUGAGGCUUGGCUUCCAUCAGAAUGGAGUGGGCGUUUCUUGGGCACUGGUAACGGCGGUAUGAAUGGAUGCAUCAAAUACGGCGACCUCAACUACGGGGCCACACACCAAUUUGCCACAAUUGGCACCAACAACGGCCACGACGGAACGUCUGGUGCCCCGUUCCUCAACAACCCCGGAGUGAUUGAGGAUUACGUCUACCGCGCCGUGCAUCUUGAAGCUCAAUUGGGCAAAGAGAUUGCUCAGCAAUACUACGGCAAAGAGCACACCAAGUCAUACUACCUGGGCUGCUCCACAGGCGGUAGACAGGGGUUUAAGGAGGCCCAGAGCUUUCCGGAAGACUACGACGGUAUCGUUGCCGGUGCUCCAGCUUUCGAUUUGAUUGCACUCAUGUACUGGACUGGCCAACUUUUCCUCAAGACGGGGACCAAUGAGACUUCGCGGUUCCUCUCUCCCGCGGAGUGGGAGCUGGUGUAUGCCGAUAUACUGAAGCAGUGUGACGGAUUAGACGGUAUUGAAGACGGCAUCCUCGAAGACCCGAGCGUGUGCCAAUACCGACCUGAAGGACUCAUUUGCGCCGACGGCUCUUCUGAUAGCUGUCUGAGCGGAGAGCAAGCCGCUACUGUGCGGGCCGUCUUCUCUCCAGUCUACGGAUUGGAUGGGCAGUACAUCUUCCCCAGACUACAGCCAGGUUCUAACGCGACUGCACGACUUCUCAACGGCCAGCCCCAUCAGUACCCCUUGGACUGGUGGCGCUAUGUUGUAUACAACGAUACAAACUGGAACCUUUCUACAAUGACCCCGGAGGAUUACGCUGUUGCUUCUAAGCAAGACCCGUGGAAGGUGUCGACGUGGGAAGGAGACUUAUCCGCUGCCAAGGACCGUGGAGUCAAAAUCCUGCAUUACCACGGUAUGCAAGACAAUGCGAUCAGCAGUGACAACUCUGAGAGGUACUAUAACCAUGUGUCACGAACCAUGAACCUCCCUUCGAAGGAAUUGGAUGAAUUCUAUCGGUAUUUCAGGAUAUCCGGCAUGGCGCACUGUCGCGAUGGCACUGGGGCUAGUAUGAUCGGCGGUAACCCUGAGACUGUCGCCUCCUACGACCCAGAUGCCAAUGUACUGGCGGCGAUUGUGCGCUGGGUUGAGGAGGGUGUUGCACCCGAUUUCAUUCUUGGUAGCCGCUUGACGGCCUCUGGGGAGGUCGAUCUGCAGAGGAAGCAUUGUAAAUAUCCCACAAGGAACGUGUUCAAGGGACAAGGAGAUCCCGUGAAGCCGGAUGGGUGGGAAUGCGUUUAA